GCAGUGGUGUAGUAGUUUCUCGCUGGGACACCGAAAACCAAACACGCAAUUUGUGUGUUUUGUCCGCUAAAAAAUCCUUUCUCCGACGAAGGGUGCCGCGUUGUAAAGUGAACGAUUGUCAACCGGACGGGAAGGGUAUUAGCAGGCAGUAGAAACUGCCAGCAAGUGGCGAACAACGCUCUGUACACUGACGAAAACGCGAAACAAUUGCAAAACGAAAACACUCUAAUCCAAGUAGGGCUGCGUGCGUGCGGGUGUUCUAUGUUGUGCUGUAAUCGAUGGUUGAUGGUCAGAGGAGGAAAAGAUAUCCGCGAACCUGUGCGAGCGUGCGUGUGUGUGGGGACGAAAAACGGCAAGAGACAGACAGACGGUCGCCAGCGCUGAAAGGGUGGCAGUGAGGAGGGAGUGUUGUGGUGUAGUGGGGCCGCAGUGGUGGCAGCGGAGGGAGAAGCUGGCCGUUUGUGCUUGGCCCAAGAUUGGGGCAAGGUUUAUGGGGCAGCGAAAGUGAACAGCCCGAACCUGCGUUGAACCUGUGGAAAGUGCAAUUUUCUUGCACAAGUGGUUCCGUUGGUCAGUGGGUUUUGUGUGCAUGCAUGCAUGUGUCUGUGUGUGUGUGUGGGUAGAGGCAGUUUGCUGUGGGGGAAAACCUUGCAUCACAGUUUUUGUUGGGAAAACCCCGUGCAUCGGUGGGCAGAAAGGUGGUGAAAGAAUGUUCUGGUCCACUCGCGCUGUGUUGCCGAUAAUGAAAUACAUGGCAUUCGUCAUUGGGACUUCAUUGUAAAUGAGCAAGGUACCGAGUCCGAUGUGGGUGGCGUUGGCGGGCAUUGCAUAAUUCUUACCAGCUGUUGUGAAUUGCGAUAGGAAUUGCGCGUACGCUAACAUAGUGCAGCAUUGCAACGCAUCACUACAGUUCCUUCCCAACGCCACGCGCACAAGUUCUCGACAAAAGAUCGCACAACGGUAGCAAGAUCACGGGCGCAGAGUGGCCAAAAAACAGCGAGCUGCGUUUGUUUACUGAGGUUCAAUCUGUUUUGUACGCGUGAAUGAGUAAAGUGUUUGAAUUGCAGCAGGGGGGAAAAACGAUCGUUUGUUCGGUGUGGUGGGUCAGGUUGGUUAAGUUUUCGUUUGAUUGAGCCAAGCUGUGUGUUAGUUGGGAAGGGUGUGUAGCAGUGCAAUCGUUUGUUUCAUUAGUGCGUGCUGGGUGAUCGCGUUAAAAGAACAAACCAUCAAUCAAUUUCCAGUCGAACGUUCUUGAAGUGGAAAAGGCUUAAGGUCGAUAUGGUUGUUACAGGGAACGAAUGUGACAGCGAAACAGCCACAAUAAAUGCUAACAGAUUUCCAAUUAUAACGCAGCACUAGACAGUCACUAGUAUUCUGCAUUCCAAGCAGAAAGAGACGACGGAAGGGCGUAAGCACAGCAUAACAGCAGCCAUACAACAGUCGGUCGAACAGAGGCCUAGAACGGACGAAAGUAAAAUACCAGCAUUUUGCGUCACUGUUUCACGUUAGCGCUUAAUCUACUACCGUCAGCCAGCUGUGUGUCCUUUUCGGGACUUUUCGGGAAGAGUUGUAUGCGGAUUGAGUGAAAAGAAAGACACGCGCAAACAUUGUAACGGCUCUACCGACCGUACAGAGCGUGUGUGUGUGAUCUUCAAUGCCUGUAUGAUCUGCAUGUCGAUCGUAGUGUACACUGGCCGAGUGUUGCCUAGAGACGGGUUUAUAACAGCAGCGUACUUUAGCUAACGAAGCGUGCCCUUUUUUUGUUGUUGGUGUUGUCGGUGGUGUAAGAUUAGUUAAAGAAAAAAAAAUCCUAUCGAAACCCUCUGGAAACCCCAUCAAGCUCAACGAUAAUACGUUCCUAAGACGUACGCAGAUCUCCGGACCACUAUCGAAGGCCCCUGCUCAUCCAUCCUAUUUUUUAUCCUGCCAAAAGCAGCGCCAGGGCAGGAAAGACGAAUGCGAAUAACGUUCCUGUUCGAUCUACUAUUCCAGCAGGAGCAGCUUGGGAGUUGGUGGUUGUGGUCGUUGUGGUGGUGGUUUUGGAACUCGAGCAAAAGCCUGAUCGGCCGCUCGGCACCGGCGAUCGGUGGAAGCGUCUGGUGCGACUGGCACCGUCCCCUUUCAGUUCGCCCGUACCGUUUCGCGUCUGCACCAGUCACCCGUACCGUUUCCGGAACCCUGGAAUCCAAUCAAGAAAACGAUCCUACCCAGGAGGCGGCCAACGGAGGGCACGCGAACGGGCAAUCAUCAUCGGCGUCCUCUUCGUCGUCCGGUAGUGGCACAAUGGUGAAAACGUUCCAGGCCUACCUACCGCCAACGAACCGAACGUACUCCUGCGUCCACUGCAGGGCACACCUAGCUAGUCACGAUGAGCUUAUAUCGAAAUCGUUCCAGGGCAGCCAGGGACGGGCGUAUCUGUUCAACUCGGUGGUUAACGUAGCCUGUGGACAGGCCGAAGAGCGUGUGCUACUGACAGGCCUGCAUGCCGUGGCCGACAUUUACUGUGAAUGCUGCCGAACGCCGCUCGGCUGGAAAUAUGAACACGCGUUCGAGUCGAGCCAGAAGUAUAAGGAGGGCAAGUACAUCAUCGAGCUGGCGCACAUGAUCAAGGAGAAUGGUUGGGAUUGAUUUGCGUCGCCGGUGCGGCGCACCCGCACUAGCAGCAACAGCAGCAGCAGCGGUGGCAGCUCAUCGGCGAUAAAUUAACCCUCCUGAAAUGUGGAUACAGUUGCAAUUUUUUUGUUGCAAAUAGUCGUGUAGUAGUUCGGAGCCCUCGGAAGACCAGCUUGCGUUCAGGUGUUUAAUCUCCCCCUAUAGUUUACCAUCCCACUAAGUUGUUUGGAGGGUGAAAGGUUUCCGAUUCCGGUUUCAUCUGUGCACUACUCUCUGUGUUCACUCGAGAAACGCACCCAGGGAACGCCCAGCUGGCUGGUACGGUUGGGUCAGACGGUCAAGAGAGCGUUUUACACAAACACUCACACACACACAGUGACACUUUGUGAGAAAAGAGAAAGAUGGAGACGGCUAAGGACCGCACAAUCCCUCCGAGCGAUGAUAAUAUGUUUGCAAUUACCCAAUCUAAUGUACCUUUAGUUCAGCGCGCCAGAUUCCACAUUGGCGGAGAUGAUUAGUCCUUACCUUCAGCUGCAUCUAGCAGUUUUACUAACGCUAGUUUUAUAAAGACGGUGUGAAAUGGGCGAAAUGUUGAUUUGGAAUCAAAAGGGAUUUCGUCUCUUUUGAUUGCAUCGGUCCCGUUUCGUUCCUUGGGGAAGCUCGAUGGAAGCACGUGGCCGCGCACUCCCCAGAGAAGAGUUUCUAUCAAAAAUACUGCCCUUGCGUUUUUUGGAAGGUCGGAUGCCCCAGCCCCCCCCCGUGAUAACCAAUACAACUCCUGCCUUGUUUGUCAUUGCGUCACAUUGCCUGUGACCAUCGGUUCCGUUUGAUGAGUGUACGUGUCUCUAAGUGUGUGUGUAUUCUGAUAAUGAUUAGCAUGCACUUUGAGGUUGGAAACGUUUUUUCAUUAAACCUUAUUUUAAAUAUCGUUAGAACAUGAUUUGAAAGAGUUGAAGAACAUCAAAACCAACCACGAAGAGACGGAAAGGAGAGCUCAGUUUGCAAGUGUAGGUUAAGCAGUGUGCGAAUGCAUGGUGGUAUGUCUGCUAGGAGAUGCAAGGAAUAAUCGUACGGAAUGCGAGAGUGAUAUUAGAUUUAGAAGAACACGGCGGGCGGUCCGUAAUGAGCGGAGAAGAGCGGAGCGCAAGGAAGAUACAGAAAUCAUUAAUCAUUUAAACACUGAACAAACUCAUAACAUUAUUGAAAUCAAUAGCGGACUCCCCGCGAUGCCUCGAUACUGAACCGGGGUAGCGGGGUGAUUUGCAUCAAUCGUAUUUUAGUCGAAAUAUACAAAAAAAGAAAACGCGAUUUAACGGUUAAGGCUUUAGUUUUUUAAAACAAACAGGUA